AGGGUUGAACCCAAACCAAAGCCGACUUGCUCGCGUGUGUGCGAGCUUGAUGCAUCAGAGAGAGAGCUGUGAGCCGCGGAGGCUGCAUUGCUUACCCAGCUAGCAGGCACCCCCGGAGAAACGACCGCACGCUUGGGAUUUGUACUUUGCCCCGGAAACGGCCAAUUCGCUCGUGAACACCGACAGGACACGCUAAUAGAUGUGAUUUGUGUGGAAGACGUUCGCCGCUCUAAGAUGGCCCCCGCCGCCCGCUGCCGGCUGCGGUGAACCGGGAGGAAGCAGCUUCAUGUGUCCUCACUGGACCUUCUCAGAGAACGUCUGUGGGCCUACUUUCUCCAUCCCGAUCCUGCCGUGCUGAGGGAGGUGGGGCCAUCAUGUCAGCGGCUCAGAUGGAGAAGGAGAACAGCGAGGCGGGCUGGGCCUGUUUGGAGGCUCUGGGGCUCAGCCAGAAGGAGCUGGUCCUGGCCGAGGCCCUGCAGAUGGAGUACGACGCCCUCUCCAGACUCAAGCAGGACAAAAGUGAUCCCCAAAGUGGCCCCGCCGAAUCCCCAGCUUCAACCGGCUCCGAGACCCCGACGGCCUCUAUUGAGCGCCCACGGCCCACCCCCAGACAAACCGUUCCCACCCCCCCGGGCUUGCUGAGGGACUCUUCCCUCAACCAACCUGGAGGAUCCCAAUCUGCACAGCUCCCCCCAGCCAGGGCGCUCCCUCUCCAAGGGGGGUACCUCACUGAGUCCCUUUACAUCUUGGACAGUCCAGAGUUGACCAAGCUCAAGGACUAUUCCACUUCCAGCCCCGCAGACCCUGUUGGCUCAAACUCUGAGGUUCUUCCCAAAGGAUUACCCACUUUUCCAGAUGACAAGCCCCCCGCCAUUCCCCCGAGGAACCCAAUCCCCUCCUCAUCAUCUGGGUCAGAGAAUCCCUUCUUGACCGUUCACAGGUCCCCAAUAUCCCACAACAUCAAUCUGUACACCCCGGAUGCGGAUCAGCCCAAAGUGACCUCGGGGGAGCUCAACUAUGACAUCAUCAACGACUCGCUGGUCCGACUCAACAGCAGCAGGCGGGACCAAUCUGGGAAGCCUGUGGCACGGAGCAAGACCCUCCCUCCCCAAGUCCCACCCAGGACGUAUGUUCCUGAUGCCAAGAGUAACAGGAACCAGCGACGAGUGUCUGCAGACCCGGUGACGCUCGGCUCGAGGAUGAGUGGAUUUGGAUACGAACUCUUCCAGGUGUCCGAGGAGCGAGACGAAGAGGUGGCAGCUUUCUGCCACAUGCUGGACGUGCUGCGUUCAGCGUAUCCACACAGCGACCGCUCAAAGAACGCAGGCUUCGUGUGGUCGCCAUCAGUGGGCCAAGAGGUGCUUCAUCAAGCUCUGGGGGUCAGUGUGAAGGUCACCGUCAUCAGCAGCCACUUCAGAGAGCCGCUCACCUUCACCUGUGACGGCUCGUCCACAUUAGACCUGCUCAUCUAUCAGACGCUGUGCUACGCUCAGGACGACCUGGACCACGUGGACGUGGACGACUACCUGCUGAAGGUCUGCGGGCAUGACGAAUUCCUCAGAAGCUCUCAGACUCUGGCAGGUUUGGAGUGUGUCCAACAGUGUCUAAAGUUUGACUGGGACGUCCGACUGAUCCUCACCAGGAGAUCUUCCGUCAACACAGAGUUGUCGCGCACGAAAGACGAUGACAAGACGGCAUCUACACUGAACCACGGCAUCCUGUUGCAGGAGCGUCCCAUCAAACAGACAGUCACAAGGGAGGCUCUGACUCUGCUGCUGGACACCUUCCACAAUGAAGCCGAGUCCUUCCUGUUGUCAGAGGUGGAGCUUCCGCUGCAUGUGGAGCGUCUCGUCCAAUCAGUGAAGGCACUCUGCAGCUCACUAGCAGCUGUGGAGUCACCUGAUGUGACGUCUGCACUCAGCCAACUCCCCGCGUGCCCCUGUCGCUUGCAGCCCAAAGUCCUGAAGGACGCCUCAGUGCUGGCAGUGAGAGAGAACAGAGAGAAAGUGGUGGAAAAGCUAACGGCGGCCAUCUUGGACCUGGUGGAGUUAUACUGCAGCACCUUCAACGCCAACUUUCACACCACGCCGCAGAGCCACUGCAGCACGGUGCCUGUCCAGGAGGCGGGCCGUGUUGCCAGCGUGCUGUCCUUCAGUGUCUACGCUGCACACCGCAUCCCCAUCACCUGGGCCGCCAGCUAUGAGGGUUUCUUCCUGUCCUGCUCGCUAACUCACGGAGGGGCGGAGCUUUGCGCGCCACAGCACACCAGCAAGCAGGCGGUCAGCAAGUACCUGUUUCACCUUGUGGUGUGGGACCAGAGGGUUUGCUUCCCGGUGCAGAUCAACCAGUUGCCCAGAGAGACUCAGUUGAUGGUGACGCUGUAUGCCAGCUCCCUGCCGCCCCCUGGUGGAGUGGAGGAGAAGGGGAAACAGCGGCGGAGCAUCGAGGCUCUUGGCUGGGUCACCAUGCCGCUUUUUAACUUCAGACACGUGCUGACGUGUGGAAGGAAGUUGCUGGGCCUGUGGCCAUCGACCCCUGGGAGGAGCGGGAACGCUCGCUCCAGUUCGCCAAACUUCAGCCAGCCAGACAGCGUCAUCCUGCAGGUGGACUUCCCCACCUCGUCCUUUGAGGCCCACUUCAGCACGCCGCCUGCAGCAGAUUUCUGUCCUCAGUACGACUUUUCCAGGCUGGAUGCCAUCAGCCAGAUCCAGCUUCAGGAUGUGCUGCACAAAAAGGCUUUCUUCUGGUUGACGGCAGAGGAUAAGCGUCUUUUGUGGGAGAAGAAGGCGUUCUGUCAGGCUGAAAGUGCAGCGCUGCCGCUUGUUCUCGCCAGCGCCCCCUGCUGGCAGUGGGCCUGUCUGCCCGACAUUUAUGCACUGCUGAAGCAGUGGGCCUGCUUGGGGCACCUGGACGCCCUGGGCCUCCUCCAUGCCUCCUUCCCGGACCAGGAGCUGAGGAGAACUGCUGUCCAAUGGAUGGACUCCAUCACUGACCCAGAGCUGCUGGACUUCCUGCCUCAGCUGGUCCAGGCUCUGAAGUACGAGUGUUACCUGGACAGCUCCUUGGUCCGCUUCUUGCUCCGCAGAGCCAUCGGAGAUGUUCGCAUCGCUCACUACCUCUUCUGGCUACUGAAAGACAACCUGCAGGACAGUCAGUUCUACGCUCGCUAUCAACACCUGCUGGCCGCCCUGCUCUGCUGCGUAGGACGAGGCCUCCGAGAUGAGUUCGACCGCCAGUGCUGGAUGGUGUCCAUCCUGGCCAAGGUGGCCCAGAACGUCCGAGACGCGACGCCUUCCAGCAGACAAAAUGUGCUCAGAGAAGGUCUGGAGGAGAUGAAGCAGUUCUUUUCAGUCAACAGCAGCUGUAGACUUCCUCUGAACCCCGCCAUGCUGGUCAGGGGCAUCAACAUCCAGUCAUGUUCUUUCUUCAACUCCAAUGCUGUCCCGCUCAAGCUGUCCUUCCAGAACGUGGACGCCUUGGGCGACAAUGUCAACGUCAUCUUCAAGUCCGGGGACGACCUGCGGCAGGACAUGCUCACCCUGCAGGUUAUUCGCAUCAUGAACAAGAUCUGGAUCCAGGAAGGUCUGGACAUGAGGAUGGUCAUCUUCAAGUGUUUUUCCACCGGCAGAGGACGAGGAAUGGUGGAGAUGAUUCCUCAGGCUGACACGCUGAGGAAGAUCCAGGUGGAGCACGGCGUCACCGGGUCCUUCAAAGACCGACCGCUAGCCGACUGGUUGCAGAAACACAACCCUGCUGAGGAGCAGUACGACAAGGCGGUGGAGAACUUCAUCUACUCGUGCGCCGGCUGCUGCGUGGCAACGUACAUUUUGGGAAUCUGCGACCGCCACAACGACAACAUCAUGCUGAAGACCAGCGGUCACAUGUUCCACAUCGACUUCGGAAAGUUCCUGGGACACGCUCAGAUGUUCGGAAACAUCAAGCGGGACCGCGCACCCUUUGUGUUCACCUCCGACAUGGCGUACGUCAUCAACGGCGGCGACAAGCCAUCCAGUCGCUUCCACGACUUUGUGGACCUGUGCUGUGAGGCCUACAACCUGAUCAGGAAACACACACACCUCUUCCUCAAUCUCCUGGGACUGAUGUUGUCCUGUGGCAUUCCCGAACUCUCCGACAUCGAUGAUCUGAAAUACGUCUAUGAUGCUCUAAGGCCUCACGAGUCUGAGGCCGACGCCACCAUGUACUUUACCAGGUUGAUCGAGUCCAGUCUGGGCAGUGUGGCGACCAAACUCAACUUCUUCAUCCACAAUCUGGCUCAGAUGAAGUUCGCCUCGGCGGAGGAUCGUCCCAUGCUGUCUUUCGCUCCUCGAGUUCACACAGCAAAGAGCGACGGUGUCAUCAGAAACCUCUACAUCUGCCGCCACGUGCGCACAGCCAACAGUAGCAAGGGAUACGCCUUUGUGGUGAAGGUGGAGCGUGAAGGUCAGCAGGAGGUGCUGUUGGUUCAGAGGACCUUUGAAGAGUUCCAUGAACUUCACAGCAAACUGAGACUUGUGUUCCCUUCUUCCAAACUGCCCAGCUUCCCCAGCCGCUUUGUGAUUGGCCGUUCCCGUGGCGAAGCGGUGGCUGACAGGAGGAAAGAUGAACUGAACGGUUACGUGUGGCAUCUGAUCCACGCCUCCCCCGACGUCUCACAGUGCGACCUUGUGUACACCUUCUUCCACGCGCUGCCAAGAGACGAGAGGCCUGCGCCGAGCAGCAGCAAAGCAGAGAUGUCAUGGACUCCCGUUUCCGGAAAAGAGCUUGGUGAGGUCAAACUGUCCAUCUGCUACAGGAACGAUAAACUCUUCAUCAUGGUCAUGCACAUUCGAGGACUGCAGCCUCUGCAGGAUGGAACAGACCCAGACCCGUAUGUGAAGCUGUACCUCCUCCCAGACCCUCAGAAGACGAGUAAGAGGAAGACAAAGGCGGCACGCCGCACGUGUAACCCCACCUACAACGAAAUGCUGGUGUAUGAGAGGAUUCCCCGCGGGGACCUGGACCAAAGGGUGAUCCACCUGCGGGUUCUGGGGGACGGUGCCUUCUGGGACAACACGCUGCUGGGAGAGACCUUCAUCCCCCUCAAGAAGCUGGUCCCGGGUCAGCACUGGGUGGACUGGCACCAGUUGGGGGGCGCCAGCCCGGACUCCGCCCACUGAGCUGGAAGCGCUCAGAGGAAGAAAAGGGAAAAACCUUUUUUUAAAGUGAAGGAGAGUUUCUUGUCAAGCUGCUGCAAGUGUCAGGUCGUUAGAUGAACAUUCUAGUCACAUGACACAACCACUCUAAUUUAUUGAUUGAAUAAAUCCGACUUUUGAGCAGAUGUUAUGCUCAGGUGUGCUGAAGAGGUAAUAAGUUAUACUAACUUAGUGUUUUAAUUCAAGGGGAGCAAAGGAUGUACAGCAGGGGUCUCAAACUCAAUUUACCUGGGGGCCACUGGAGCUAGGGUCUGGGUGAGACUGGGCCGCAUCAGGCCCAGUCUGAUGCAAAAAAAACAAAAACGCAUUUAUUAAAAACAGAAAAAUAUACAAACUUUUUCAGUGCUUUGGUUCCGAUUUUCUACAAUAAAAGCUCUGAUAAAACAUUCCACUAUUCUCAAAUAUCUUAAUUUUUUUUUCUGCACAAAAUAAGAUGAAGAAUAAAUAAACAAAUAAACAAAAGAAUAAAGAAAAUCAAUCAGUAAUAAAUAAAUAUAAUAAUAAUAAUAAUAAUAAUAAAACAGCAAAUAAGAAACCACAUAUAUAGUUGGUGGGUAGACAAAUGAUUUUUUUCAGAUUAAAAUGAACAAAGCAUUAUUAGAGCCCUGUAGACAUGACAAAACACGACUAUAGUCACAUUUAUACUCUUUUUAUUUACAACAUAUUGCGCAACUGCAGGGUCUUGAGACACAUGCUAACUCGCAAACUAGAGAGCUAGCGACCUAAACGGUAGCCUUCAAGUUAUUUCCUUUCAACUUAAAUAGCCAAAAACUUACCACUUCCACACGGAUAGGGAGGAUAACCAUUAACAGUUAUUUAACCUUUAACAUGAACAUUAAUCAAACGUAAUAAUUUUUUCUGGGUACAUGAUACCAUUCAGCAUCCAUAUCAAACUUGCGCAGGCCGCACUAACAUGAAACUUUCAUAUCAAGGCGGGGGCCGCAUGUUUGAGACCCCUGAUGUACAGUAUGCUAAUACUAGCUGAGGUCCAAUACUGAACACAGUUGUGUUUUUAUUGUGAAAAGCACAAGCAAAUGCAAACUGCCUUCCGAGAUAUGAUGACGUCUUGGCUAGGACUUCUUAUAUUUGGCUGUGUUGAUAGAUCCACUGUUUGAAAAGUAAAGACUGAAGAACGUGUGCGGAGCAGAAAGAUGUUGAUAGCAGGCGUCAUGAGACUCCCCGAGUCGUCUGUGAUUUGAUACUUUUUAUAGCGAGCUCGCCUGCAUUGUAUUUUUUAUUUUAUUAUUUUUUUGCUAAGUGCAGCAUGAAGGGGACCAGACUUCCUGUGUCCACAUGCUCUUGGUGCUGUGAAAGCUAACUGACCUUUGUUGUUCCCAACACCACCACCUGUGAAGUUGUACUUCAUGGCGACAACGCUUCGUGUUGGAAAAAAAAAAGACCACAACAAACGUGUCGGACUCACUGUUCCCAUUCCCAGUCAGCAACUCCUUUGUAUUAACUUUGAUUUUGAUGAUUUGCACUACAAAAUAAACUUGAACGGAACGUAGCUUUAUUCUUUUGGUUCA